AUGACAUCUGAGGGGGCUGAAUCUAUGGACAAAGUGGAGUUUAUUAUGUUACGCAACAAUUAUGGGAGGACAGCUUUGCAUGAAGCUGUUUUGAGCAAGGAUUAUUCUGUGGUUCUUUUCCUUCCAGUUGCACAUAAGCGAAGUGAUUUGGCCACGUACUGGACCUGGAACUAUGAUUUUAGUUGUAAAUCGCCAAUGUAUUUAGCAGUUCUAAUAAGGCACGAGGAUAUUCUUUGUCUUCUCUUGAGGUUAAUUCCAAUCUCCUCAGGCAAAACUAUGUCAAAUGGAAACUCUCCACUUCAUGCUGCAAUAUCAGAACGGACUAAAGAUCUAUUGAAAAAGAUUGCUGAUACGCAAAAAGAGCUACUGUAUCAAAGAGAUGAGAACAACAACACUCCCCUUCAUUAUGCAGUGUACUCUAGUUACAUGGAAGGAGUUUGUAUAAUGUUAGAAACAUCUCCCAUGAUUGCUUUUCAACGAAACUCAGGUGGCAAUUUUCCAAUCCACCUCGCCUGUGAAAAGGGCAAUGUUAAAGUGGUCAAAAAGUUGCUUGAAAUAGAGUGGCCUAGUGCUGGACUUUGGUCAAAUCAUAGAGGUCAGAACAUUUUUCAUAUUGCAGCAAUGAAGGGAAAUGUUCAAGUGAUAGAAUAUCUACUGAAGCACCCCAAUAUUCAUCAUGAUGCUAUCAAUGAGAUUGACAAAAGGAUCGAUGUGGCUUCAAGAGAAUUGUGUAUUCGGACUCUACUCCUUCUGUCAAAACACAAAAGGAUCGAUGUGAACCUAGUCAAUAACAAAGGUUUAACAGCUAAAGAUGUUGUUUGGAUGCAAUGUAGAAUUCCAACGACACGUCACGAGUUUCUAGCAAAUGCAAGUUUACAUAAUGCUGGUGUGGACCUGAAGGCAAAUAUGCUGAGCAUGCCACUCACAACAUCCAUCAAUAAAGAUUGGAAUGUGAAGGAUGCAGCCAUCACAGUCAUACUUGCUAUGUAUAGCUCCACCACUGGUUCUGUCAUUCUUCUGUGGGUCCCAACGGGAGAUAAUCGUUUCGCAACAGUAGCAUAUGUGCAUGCUACGUUCUUUGUUUCUUUGGCCCUUAUAGCAAUGUCCGUUGCGUUUCUAGCUGCUAUACACUUGAUCGUUAGCAAUAACACUAUAGUUGCAGAUGUUAUAAGUGUCAUUGGAUUCAUCUUCAUUUUCAUAUACUUAGUAUGUUCCAGCUUUGCGAUUUCAAUCGCCUUCUGCGGAUUCGGUAGUCGCCGCGCUAUUACCUCAUGCCCGAUUUCGGGUUUGAGCCCUCCAGUGAAACAACCAUGCAAGGCCUCAUCAGAUUCUCCCUCUGUCCGAUUUGCCAAGGCCAUGAGUGGUUCUGCAUCAGUUUGA